GCCCAAGCGGCGCUGUUUGGCUUUUCCAAGCCCGGCGAAGGCUUCGGCGGGGCGGAGGAUGGCGGAGGCCUCUUCGGCUGCCGCGACGGCCGCCGUCGCCCAGCACCGCUUCUUUUGCCACAGCUGCAAGGGCGAGGUCAGCCCCAAGCUGCCGGAGUUCUGGGACCAGCUGGAUCGUUCCAUGGUCUUCCCAUUCCUAAGCAACUCUCUGGACCACAAUGGCCGGGACAACGAGAGGGGCCACCAAGCCCAUGCAGAUCUUUGGGGACCAAGCCGACCCCCGCGACUGCCUAUGGCCCGGCGGUAUCGGCCCCGCCUCAGCACACGGCCCGAUCGGUCGCCGGCCAUUGAAGG